AUGGUGUCAUCCGCCGAGCUGGAACAGACGUGGUUCCGCAAGAAUCCCUCGCUGUGGUCAAUCUACUACCGCGCAAUAAUUGACGACCGCGGGGCCUGCGAUAUAUAUCUCUCUGGGAUAGGCGCGAAGACUUAUAAUCCAGGACGGCUUGACCAUGUGCCCACCAACCCGGAGAAGGCACGCAUUUACGGAUCGCCCAAUAAAGGGACUUCCUUCCAUAUGGCCCCGGUGCUGAGGUCGGAUCGGCGCAGGGGGUGGAGGUAUCGCGUCGGAUAUCCGAUCCACGCUCACUGCUGGAUGCUUCUUGACCGGGUGAUUGGACAUGAUGUUAUCAUGCGGCAUCUGCGGGAGUUUACUCGGGCUGUGAAGGCGUUUUGGAAGGGAAAUAACUCAUCUUGGUUUCUGAAAUUGGGGCAUCCAAUUACUGGCGAGUUCUGCCGUAAGCAAGGUGCGAACUGGCUCAGGCCACAGCCUGUGGAAUUAUCGGCGCAUGUUCUUGAGGACCCGAGGGUACAACGCAAAGCUCAUACAUUGGGAAGUCCGUUGCGGAUUGCCGGACUACAAGAGCUGAUGGUACAAGUGACGCGAGAACGGAACGUGCAGGAAAAUAAGGACGUGCGAGCGCGUUCAGCAAUUGAGAAUCUCCCUCUUGAUAUUGCGAUAUACAUGGUUGACAUGAUCUAUGAAAGUCGUCCUUACUGUUUGGAAAGGGUUCAAGACACGCGCAAUCUACUAGAAGCCGCUCAGUGGACAUUGCCCGCUACAUAUUGGAUAGGGCGAUGUAACCCGCAACUGGUGUUCGAAGUGGAUGAGCUCAUCGCGGUAGGGUAUGCCGUCGACUGGGCGAGCUUCUGUCUCGGACUAGAGCAACUGGUAUUGAGCGAUGGUUGGUAUUGCAACAGUGGGUUGGGAAAUCGGGAACGAACGCUUGGAAUAAUGAACAAUAUCAAAAAAAUCUUCCUGGGUAGGGUCAAGGCCUGA